GAGAUGAUAAACACAAACAAUGGCCAUUUUUUUUGUCGAUUUUGCAUUAAUUAAAAAGUAAAAUCAGAAUCAAAGGAUUCAGUUCUAUUUCAAUUUUGUAAUUUCGCCAAAAUCAUUCAACGAUGUAGUAUUUUUUUUCUCAAAGUACCUAAAUUCGGUGAGUUUGAAGUUCGAAUCACCUACAAGCAUUUUUUCCAAUUUAUCCUCUCCGGUAUCCUUUCCUCAGCGUCAACACCUGAGCUCGCGUAUCACAAAAUUCAGAUAUUCUGUGAUAACUCACCCUCCAGUCGCGAAAAUUAUAAUAUUCUGAUGCUGCACCCCAACAAUAUAAUUACGUUACGUAAUGUGAAAUGCUGAUUUCAUCUUCCCUUUUCAUUUCGUAGUGAUUAAUUACGUAAAAAUUAAUCGAUAAAUAAUUGAAACAAUGGCGUAAAGUUUCACGCUUCUGUAUCGAAGUAUUUGAAAGGUAGUGCGAAUCGGAAAUACGAAAUGAGUUGCUUGGAAAUCGAACAAGGAAGUAUCAGCGCUUCGGAUUUGAAUAGUCUGUUGAAAUCUGCAGAUACCGAUAUCUGCUCAAAUUUUAACGAAGCUGAUGAAAAUUACGAAUUCAGUAACUGCUUUGACAGAGAUUUUUUGAAUAUCAGUCCAGUCAAUGUCGAGAUUAGCGUCGAACCGGAGAUGUAUUUUCACGAAGGCGAAGAGAGUGAUUUAGCUGCAUAUCAGAAUACCGAAGAAAAUGCCAAUUGUCAGGUCGAUGACUCGUUCAAUCCGCAACCUUACGACACGCACAACAACAAAUCGUACGAAUGUGAAAUCUGCGGCAAAACGUACACGAAAAAAGGAAGCUUUUACAUGCACCGACGAACACACGCAGGUCGAAAAUACAGCUGCCAUUAUUGCUACAGAACGUUCGCUCUGAAAUCAAACUUAUUAUCACACUUUCGUAUUCACACCGGUGAAAAACCCUUCAAAUGCGAACACUGCGGCAAAUCGUUCAAUUGGAAAACCAACUACGCCACCCACGUGCGAAUACACACCGGUGAAAAACCGUUCAUUUGUCGAUUUUGCAACAAAAGUUUCAGCCAACAAGGCAGUCUUUCUCUGCACAUUAAAAUGCAUAUCGGAGCUAAACUAUACGAAUGCACCUACUGCGAAAAGAACUUCUUCACUAAUACCAGUUUAAAAUCGCAUAUGCGUAUUCACACCGGAGAAAAACCUUUCGAAUGUUCACGAUGCGGUAAAUGUUUCACCCGUAAGCCUACGUUACAAAUGCAUCUAAGGAAGCAUUUAGGUAUCAAACCGUUCAAAUGCGAUUCGUGCGAUAAAACUUUCGUUACUAAAGCUAAUCUACAAACGCAUGCUAAAUUGCACGAAGGUAAGAAGAUUUUCGAAUGCGUUAGAUGCUCUAAAAGUUACGUAUCCGAAUUAAGCUUACAAAUUCACAACAAAAUCCAUACCGGAGAAAACCAGUUCCAAUGCGAAUACUGUCAUAAAUCGUUCAACAGAGAAGCUGUAUUGAAAAUACAUAGACGUAGACAUACCGGUGACGAACCUUAUAAGUGCCAUUAUUGUAAUAAGAGAUUUAAUCAAAAACGACAAUAUGAAAAUCAUACCAGCGUUAAACCUUGUAAAAAUGCUUACAGCGUUGGCUUAUUCAGUAUUAUACCCUAAAGGCUAAGCUGCUUCAGUGGUACUCUUUGAGUUAAUUUUUAUCAGCUAUCGUUAAUUUAUCCGGAAUUGGUUUAUUUUUCUUUGCAGCUAUAUACCUUUUUUACCUUCCCAAAUCCAGCGUUUGUCUAUUUCAAUAAUAUUAAUUUGGGAUUUUAUAAAUUCAAAGUCACGAUUACCCCUACCUCCUCGCCCCCAUAUUGAUUGACUUUUUAGUAGGAAUGUAAUUCGAAUGAAAAAAUUUGAAUGAAUAAUUUUCACACGCUAAAUUAAGGUUAUUGAAGUAUUAAAAUUUACGGUGUAAGCAUUAAGUAUCCAUUGGAGGGUGCGUGGAACUUGAUUCUUUCGAUAUUUUUCGUAACAAUGGCGAUUAAAUCGUCGUAGUCUUAAUCAGAUUUGUAAAUGAGUACCUCGCUUAAUAUAUCGAUAGUCAUUUUUAUCGCAAAUUUUGAUCUCAUUUUGUAAACUUUUUAUUUUACGCUUUCGCUAAAACGUCCUCAUGAAGUUCUGUACUGUUGAAAACAAAUUUACUAUACACGAUUCGCUUUAGAGUUCGUGUUGAUAUUUUUAUAACUCGAACCGAAGAGACGAACGUACCUAUUAUUUUUGUUGUCAGUACAGUUGCAUUUUGGUAAAGUUACUCGUGCAUUUCUCAUUUUCAAAGUAUCAUUUCGUACAUCGUAAUAAUUUAUUUAUUUAUAAUUAUACUUACCUUUAUUAAUACAUACGAUUAAUUUUAUAUUUGUUUGCAAUACACGUUCAUGAUUAUUCAGUUUGUAUUAAUAAUAAUUUUCAAAGACAUAAUUUUUUACUCUUUAAAUGCAACUAUUGUAGUCGUACUUUACCUAGUCAACGAUGACGUGUAUUGCGUAUGUCUACUUACUCGAUACUUGAUAAUUAGUUUUGUAUUAGGCGGUGUAUCGCAUCAUUCUGAUGUAAAUAGGUACCUACUUAUCAAUAUUUUCUUCCAUUCUACCUAUGUAUUUUUUUUGUACGCAGGUAUUGGUAAUAUAAAUUAGAGAUAGUUUUAGAAACACCACAUUACGAACAAGUUUUCUUGAAUAAAAUAUGUUCCCCGAUCUUAUUCAACCAUAGUAGCCCUAGUACGAAGUUUUCAGAAAACGAACAUUUCGACGUAUACUUUUUCUAGUUCUGUUAUUCUCGUAGCCCUGCUGGGUUCAAUUUGAUUCGAACUGCACGUCAUUUUCUCGUAAUUCAGUCUUACGUCUGCAACAAUUUGUAAGAAGCUGUCGUAUAUAAGAUUGUAUUUCAAAUCGAUUGUGAAAAUUUUCUAGUCAAAAUAAAAAAUUAACACAUU